AUGGCCAAAAGAAGAGUCAAGAAGCGUACCCAUGCUGGCGCAAAGCCUGCCGCCCCUGGAAUGGCCGGCGCUCACACCGCUGCCGCCCUAGCGAGCGAGACGAGGGCCCCCAAGAGCAUGGUUAUCCGAAUCAACGCUGGAGAAGUCGGCCCAAGCAUAUCGCAGCUUGUCAGAGAUACCCGUUUGAUGAUGGAGCCCGGUACUGCUAGUCGCCUGAAGGAGCGCAAGUCCAACAAGCUGCGCGACUUCAUCACCAUGGCCGGUCCCCUCGGUGUCUCUCACCUCAUGCUCUUUUCUCGCUCCGACGCCGGAAACACGAACCUCCGCAUCUGCACCACUCCCAGAGGUCCUACGUUACAUUUCCGCGUUGAGAAGUACUCGCUCUGCAAGGAUGUCCAGAAAAGCAUGCGCCGUCCCAAGGGCCAGAACGGUGCCGAAUACCUGACCUCGCCUCUCCUCGUCAUGAACAACUUCAUGCAAUCCGACAAGCAGCAGGAUGAUCAAAAAGACACAAAGUCCGAGUCAAACCCCAUCCCCAAGAACCUCGAAUCCCUGACGACGACAAUCUUCCAAUCCCUCUUCGCUCCCAUCUCUCCUCACACCACCUCACUCAAGACCAUCAAGCGCGUCAUGCUACUCGACCGCAAGCCAUCCAACGACCCCAACGACCCUCAUGCCUUUGUCCUACAAUUGCGCCACUUCGCUAUCAACGCUGUCACUCCCAAGUCUGCCCUACCGAAAGCCCUGCGCAAACUCGAGCAGGCCGACCACCUCAAGCGCGGCGACAGCGCUCGCUUGCCCAACCUCGGAGCCCUGGAUGAUGUUGCAGACUAUCUUUUGGACCCCACAGCUUCUGGUUUCACCACUGCCUCGGAUACUGAGGCCGACACUGACGCUGAGAUUGAGGUCCUGGCCGUCGAGAACCGCAAGGCCAUGUCAAAAGACGAACGUCAACGCAUUCGCGAUGCCCAACGUGCAAAGGUCACUGGAGCCAACGCUGAAGGCGUCAACCCCCAAGGUGCCGUACGCCCGGCUCCUCAGCCUCGCAAGUCAAAGACACAAAAGAAGGCCAUCAAACUGCAAGAGUUGGGUCCCCGCAUGACUCUUCGUCUGACAAAGGUCGAGGAGGGACUCUGUGCCGGCAAGAUUCUGUGGCACGAGUACAUUAGCAAGAGCAAGGAAGAGCAGAAGAAACAAGACAAGGCAUGGGAGAUCAAGAACAAGGAGAAGGCCGAAAGGAGACGCAUCCAAAAAGAGAACGUCGAGAGAAAGAAGAAGGAGAAGAAGGCCACGGGCGAGGAGGUCGACGAUGAGGACGACGAGAUGCUCGACGACGACGACUUUGACGACGAUGUCUGGCACGACGACGCUGAUGCUGGUGGAGAUGAUGACGACGAAGGCGAAGAGGAAGAGUCUGAAGACGACGAGGACGAGGACAUGGAAUAA